CGUUAAUAUUUGUCGGCGCAGGGCUCUGGAUACGAUUCUUUUUGUUUGUUGAUAAAAUUUUUGUGUUUUUUGUUUAACAAAAUUUACUUAUUAAAAUCAUAUAAAUUAUUAAAUAAACCAACAAAAUGAGUACACUUAAGUGCAAGCUCAAUAAAUAUUAAAUAAUUUUCCAUAAAUAAAAUAACACAAACGAAAAAAUAACAAAUUAGUUUGUGGCCAGAAAUAGAAGAAUACCCCUGGAUUUUAAAGAAAAAUAAAGAAAAUUUAAUUUCUUUAUCCACAAAAAUUUAUAAAUAUGGAACCUAAUGAUGAAGUUGUAGAACGUCAAAAACUGGUAGAUGUAGAAACAGAAGAAGAUGUCACAAAUAGUGCCCCAAAAUCAGCACCAACUCCUGCCUCACCCAUGGCCGUGCCCAAAAUUAAUAUUAAGAGUAUUUCUAGUGGCGAAACUACUCGCAGCCGUAAUUCAGCAUCAUGUUCAAUAGAACGUACUACCACAACAUCCGAAAAAAUAGGUGGUGGUCAAUCAUCUGCCAAAGUUACCUACGUAAAUGAAAGACGACCUCGACCACAUUUGCAUGGUACCAAUGAUGAACGUUUCGAAUUCAAGUCCCGACCACGAAAGUUGUUAAAAGAUAUCGGUGAUGGUGAUAGCAUUAAUGGCAUAACGCAAUUGAGUAGCGAGACCCUAAGUGAUGAGACUUGUAUAAACAGCAACAUUAAAAAUAAUAAUAAUAACAACAACAACUAUAACAGCAAUAAUAAAAAUAACAAUAUUAAUAAUACGACUGUAAAGACUACAAGUACUAGUAGUUUAAAUCAAACAUCAUUGACUACGACAACAAACACUACAACUAAAGCAGCUGUCAUUAGCUGUGAGGCCACUAGUAAUACUUUGAGUUCUAGUAGUGGUAGUGGUCUGGCUGGCGGCAGUACUAAUAGUAGUAGUGGUAGUCAUCAUCAUCAUUAUCAUCAACAUCAACAUCAAUAUCACAAUGCUAGUAGUAAUAAUAACAGUAACAAUCACAAUGUAAUUGAUAAUACACCACUGAUACAACGACGCAAACCGAAUGUAAAUAAUGCAGCAAUAAGCGUUAGUGCUGGUUAUCCGGGUCUAAUAUCAUCAGCGAACAUUGGCAGCCUCAGUGAUAAAUUCGAUCAACGUCCAAUAAAACAUCAUUCUUUUGUCUCAGAAGUACCGGAUGUCAAACAUAUGGAGCGUGCUCUCUUAGGUCUCUUGGAUGAUUUUCAUUCUGGUAAACUGAAAGCUUUUGGUUCCGGUUGUACUAUGGAUCAAAUGACUAAAAUCCGUGAACAACAAGAAAGUCUUGCCAAAUUGCAUUUUGAAUUGGCUGCCGCCGAAGAAGAUUCACUCGAGAAUGGCAAUGAUUUUAAUGCUGCUAAAGCUCAAGAAAAUAUGUUACAAUUAAUGCAACGUUUGGAACAACUUUCAAUUUCAAUCGAACAAUUACAAACUAGCCACACAGGACUCUGAGAUUUGCUUCAAGCAACGUGUACAAACAGCAAUAGUUCAGACAUAAAUACAGCUGCAACUGCUGCUGCUGCUGCGACUGCUGCUGGUAUGUCAACAGCCACUACUACAUCGGCUGAAGCUGCUACACGUUUGCUUUUAUUAUUGUUGUGAUUUCAUUUCUAAAAACUUUAAACGUAUAUAUUAUAUAAUAAUCCAAAUAUUAAAAAAAGAAACAAAAAACAACUUAUGGUUCUAUAACUGUUCUAUAUUUUUUUUUAUUUUAUAAAUUUUCCAUUCUUUAGAAUGGAUUAUCAUUAUCAUAUUUUUCUUAUGUAAAUUUUUUUAUUCUUUUUAUUUGUUUUUUUUGUUCCUUUGUUACUUUUUUUUGAUUUUGACUUUUUAAUUUUUGUAUGUUAAUUUACCGUGUUUUUCUUUUGUAUUCAUCAAUACGUUAAUGUUUAAGCAUAUUUAAUACAAAGAAAAAGACCUUUUUUAUGGUAGUUUUGUAGUUGUUUUAAAAUGUCUAAUUAUUUAUAAGUGAUCAUUACAGAAAAAAAUAUGCGAUUAUUAUCUUUUUUUUAAAUAAAAAAUUAAUCAAG